CGGUGAUUUAUUCUGAAGCACGAAUGUGGGGCUGUUUGCAAUAAGGCGGACAUACGAAUCAUAAAGGUACCCAAGAGUAGACUAAAUAAUAAGGUGGAAGAGCGAAGUUGCCUUUUAUCAUUGAUAAGAACUUUGGAAGAAAUUUGAUUUGAUAGGAUAAUUACAAUUGUGUUGAUAAUGCACUUUGAUGUGAAGCCAAGAUUCCUGAAGUGAAAAAAGUGAGACAAUUUUAAUGCUAUUUGCUGCUAGAAGUUCAACUUUGAUGAUUCAUAAAGAGACUAGUUCCCCUCGCUGGGCUUAUAGUAGAGAGCUGACUUCUUUGAAAGCUGUUUCACCAGAUGAUUCAACUUCAGUUUACUUGUACAUGAAUUGCUUUACUUUUUCAUGAAUUACCCUGUUUUUUCAAUUUCCUCUAAGUUUUUUUUUCUGAAAUGAAGUCAAAAAGACUCGGCGCUCGUGCUUAGAGCCAUUUUCGUAAGAGAAUUACUUAAAUUUCAAGAUGAUGAAGCGUCGAACGUCGAGGGCAAAGCGUAAGGAGUCCACACUAAGGACGUUUAUGUAAACAAAAAGAUAAUUAAGACAGAAAAAGAAAAAGAAAUGAUCUGUCAGCGAGACUGUUUAUGCUAUUCAUAAGUGUCCUAUUACCCGUGGUAAUUUGAGGAGAAACGUACAAGAAUGAUUUCGCACACUCAGUGAGAAGAGAAAGUUUUUAGGAACUGUCACACUUUCCAAACUGUGUAUACAAAGAAACUACCCCAAAUGAUCAAGGAGCAUAUAAUUCCUUGAGACUGAAUGACCUCAUUCAGUUUGGAAAAACACUCGAAGAUCAAUUCCAUAUCUAAUGUCUUAUAAUGAUCAUUGACUGAACAAGGACGAUGCACGCCAGCGAGAAUCGGAAAUAAGCUGUCAAUAUAAAAUAACUGAAACUAUUUAGGCCCUUGAAAUUGAUAUGGUUAGGUCAACUAAGAAGUCAAUUAAAUGUGGUAAAUAAACGUAAAGUCGGUUGACCUGACAUCACAAACGAUUUAUGUUAUCUUAACUCGAUUGAUAUUGGACUGAUUCGAACUGUCCAUCUAAAAGACGAAAUCCCAGAUACGAUAACCAGGUCAGAGGUAGGUAGAAGUUUAAAACAAGAGGCCAUUAAUUACUUGUAUCGAUACUGAUUCAUCACGUCGAAGCAUUUCUUCCAAAAUUUUGAGCUAGACAUUGCACCUACAUCGGUCUUGGUUCAAAAAGUAACACUCGACUUCGAAAAUCAUUUUGUUCCAAGAUCCGCAUGAGUCUCCUCAGAAUGGAACAUGAUUUUCCUUUAGGCAGAUUUCCAUACGUCAUCUUUUUAUCAUAAUUACAGUUUGAAAAUCAUUACAGCAUUAGUUAUCGAAUUGAACCUUCGCUGCAGGACUCGUCAAAGUUUUCUUGAUACCCCUACCACUUGGAAACAAUAAUAUCCUGUUCUACUUGGACGAAAAGAUGAUUUUCCUUUGUGAAUUGAACAAAUCUUAUUCACACCUUUCCAAAACUGUAGCUGAGCAUUUGCAUAACCUUUGUCAUAAUCCAAUAUAUGAAAAUGCUUCACAAUUCUGUUUUACCUUCAAAAUCACUCCCGCAGAGUUAUUACUUCUUUCUGCGUGUUUUUGCGUGCGAAACCAAGUUGUGGACAAAUCACACUUCAUCAUUAUUUAUUGAUGCUGUAACGCAAAUGAAGUGAGGUCUGAGUGCUUUAUUUCGUAGCAACAAAUAGCUUGUCUUGUAGAAUGUGUUUUUACAUACACAUAAUAACAAUAGAAUUGACAAUUUUUACUUUCGAUCUUAGACAGAAAGCAUUCAUUUUUCGCACGGAAUCGAAAUUACCUCCGGAAAAUGCCGAAAACUUUUGUAUCGAGUUACUAACAACAAGAAAAAUUACCCGAUGAAUUCGCCAGUAGUCCAUCAAAAUGACUUUCAUGGAGCAUUGCAAAUAAUCGUUAAGUACCUACUGUGGUAUUAGCUUACAGAUCUCUUCCGUAUAAAUUUGAUUCAGCUGUGUUUUCAACGAGUCUCUUUCGUCCAGGCAGUGACUCUAUACGUUUCCAAUCGAAGCGGGCCGUUUGAAUAUAGACCCACAAUUUGGCCAUUAAUAGAUUCACAACAAACAUUCAUAAACAAACGUCAUCUGUUAUUCCAUAUCAAAACCUCCACCAAUUUCAAUGACGGUGGUCUUUGUUUUCUCCGCCACGCAUAUUUCCUUAGUUAGUGAAACAACCACACCACAAGAAAUCAAUAAAAGACACCCCCGACUCAAUUUCAAUGCCAUGGAGGUAUUUAAAAAUUUAUCCGGUUAUUUUGAGAAAUAGAUUGAGACAACAUCGUAAUAUUUCUGAAUUGAUCUCUUGGGCUUCAUCUCAAGGAAACACCAAUCGAAUCUGACAGGAGCAUCGGGCUAAGAAAUUAAAUCGGCGUUUAAAAGGCUCGUGGCAAAAAGACGGAAUCUUGUCUUCAUUUAAAAAGCAGAAAAGGCAUAACGCCCCAAAAAAAAUACUAUGGUAAUCUUCAUUUCGUCUAAAAAGGAAGUAACACAACAAUGGAAACUUUUCAAUUUAAAUGCCAUCCACAGCUGAUAUCAGAUGGGAAAAGUAUAUCGAAGUCGGUAUAAUGCCUUGCAGCUCCUAAUUGAGCUUAGAUGUGCAGAUAGGAAAGCGACCGCCUUGUCGUCUCUCAAAAGACAGUGAGAUUUAAUCUGAUACAUACGAAACGCGAUAUAUAAGUGAAGUUCUAAAUUUCCUUCUGUUGAAAUACGUUUAAUUCUUGUUUCAAAGGACUCCCGAUUUCAUGUUUUAUCAUUAACUGCUAGAGAAACACAACAGCCGAGAUUACCUCUUGGGAAACCGUAAGUAACCUCAAUUUUUCAUGUAAUGUUUUCUUGGGUAUCAUUACAAUCUUAGAAGCGAUUCAUCGCCAGGAACAAUACAUUUCAAAGUUGAACCACGUAAUUUUACUGUGAGGUUUUAUGUCUAAGCGGAAAUUUCCUUUCAGUCGCCCUAAUGCAAAAUACCACUGAAAACUUAAGUAAAUCACUAAAUGUCCACCAGCUUGAGGCAAUAGGAAAUGGAAUUUUUAGCCGAAUUUAAUUAUUUUAGUUUUGUGUCGAUUUUAAUCUCCUUCUAUAGUAUACGCGCUGUUUUCUCGCUCAAAAGAGAGAAUAACAAACAAAAGCCCUGCUUUGCAAGGAAAUUUGUUUUACACAGUGGUUGUUUGAUGCAAAUUGCGCAAAGUUUAUGAGAGAUGAAAAGGGCCAGUCAUUGCGGGAGGCCAGGUUCACAGAGCAAAGCAAAUAAGAGUAAAUCCGAUCAAAUACAGUUAAGUCCUCUAAGUCUCAGGGUCUUGACAUGAAUUGCCAGUGCCGAACUGAAUUUAGAGAAGAAUAACCUUUUCCGGCGCUUUCAUGAGCUACCAGGAAUUUUAUUAGAUGAUGCCUGGAGAUGCUCUUUAUUAGGGUAAUCGGAGGUUUUCUUUUCUUUGGUUUUAUUUUUCUGAAGAAAAAUAAAAACAAAAGAAAAGAAAGAAACUUUUUUUAAGACAAACUGUCCUUCCACUCCGAUAACCGCAAAGCAGGGUGAAUAAAUUGAGAGCAUCAAAAAGAAACCGAGAUAUCCAAGUCAAUCCACUUUAAAAGUGUGUUUUCAUCUGAAAUGUCGUUUGAGUUCUUCGUCAGAGAAAAAUUAUACAAGCAACGAUUAUUUUUUUUUUUGCUCAAUGCACUAAUACCUAAAACAAUGCGAAAACGUUUGGAUCUGAUGCGUAAAGAACCAAGUUGUACCCGUCUAUAUCACUUGGUUUUAACCUUCCUUGCAGUGCUUAAGUAGUAAUACAAUUGCAAGAGAUUAUCUUCAAACACUAUGUCAUAACUUUAAUUUUGCCUUGAUAAACAAAUGAACAACGUAAUACCAAACAAUAAAACAAAAAUCCAUCAUGCUUCAACUUGUCACGAUUGCUAUAUACACUGGCAUGUCCUCAGUGGUUUUGCUUUUUAAUAUAAAAACACAUUUAAAAUGUCAAAAAAAAUAAAAACGAUUUCAGUGCAAGACACAGAGUAAUCAACAGCAGUAACUACGAACGUAUUAAUUUUUUUCUCAACUUUGGUGGGCACGCAUGCGCAAGGCCUAUUGAAUUGACUAAUCUGGAGUCGUCUUGCUAUGCUUAUGAAGAAUUCGCUGUGUCGCUUCACAUCUAAAGCAGUAGUGACAGUCAUUACCCCGUUCAUAUCAAUCCUCAUUAUUCAUCAUACGCCCGAAUGCUCCUCAUUAUUUUUUCAAGGAUUAUCCUUUGGCACGUCUUGACAACUUAUUUCCUAAGGCAUUGAAAAAAAAAUCGAAAUUGUGGUGCUGUUAUUUACUUCGGCCAUUUUUCCCAAAGAUUAGAAACACAAGCAGUACAUAGCUCUUGCAUAGAAUUUCAGGAGAGUAAUGUCAAGCAAAUACAGAAAAAUUAGAACUUGGCAUCUGACGGGCGGGCGAUCAAUGUCUGGUUCAAGUUCCGUUCUCAAAUAAACUCAGUUGGGGUGUGUGAAAGGAAGUAGAAGAUUUAAACAAACAUCUAAAUAGCUUCUUGGUAAAAAUUAAGGAAUUCAGCAGAAAACAAAAUGAAACAAAAACAUAAAACUUGACUGGUAAAAAAAGGCGAGUGGAACAGAGAACCAGUCGAAAUAACGCGAUCUUUGUUUCUAAAAAUUACCGUUGUAAAACAAACGAUAAUAAAGUUAUUAACUAAUGAAUUGUUCGGCUUCUGUACGCUUGCUUAAUUAAUGGUUGAUCGAUCGGAGGAAAGACCAAGAAAAUUGGUUGUGUCCGACGGCCUGUCGACCGGUUGUCUAGUUGGUCAGUUGUGAGCAACUGGUAGGUUCGUUUUCCAAAAAUCGGUCGGCUUUUUCGGCUGCAUUGUUUUGUUUUGUUCAUUGUUUGGUUCAUUUCGAUCAAUAGCUUGUUUGGCGGGUCUUAUUUGAUCAAUUUAUUGCUCAUCUGGUCGGCUGAGGAAUUCGUAAAAGGGCAAGUUAGACGACCAAUUUGUUCUGUCGAUGGGUUGGUUGGUUGCAACUGGUUAUGCGUUUCGUUUGUUAUUCGUAAUUCUCUACGUCAAUAGGAUACAAGAACUUCGAAGCAGAACAUGCAACCAAUGGGAAUUAUUAAAAAUCUGACUACAAAACGUUGGUUUUCACUCAGUUGAAUAGGCUCGCUCGGAGAAAAUUCUGGUACAAAUUAGCAAGUCUCACAUCCCCAAGAAACUUAUCAGCGUCAUCAAAACUCAUCAUUUCUAGUUCUUUUUCGGCGCCCACAUUUUAAGUAUUUUCCUCGGGCAACUUUCGAUAAUAUUUUGCUAUUGUUAAAGGAAUGUCAUCUGCAAGAUUUUAGAGUUAAAUUUGAAUUAGAACUUGAUUAAAUUCGAAUUCAACUUUAAUCCACUUUAGUUAGAGUUUUGCCUUCAUGUAAUUAAUCAUCUUUGGAAUGAAAAAUUCACAGCUUUCGGCAGUUUCUUUGAUACCCAAAAUAUCACGAAGAUAAAAAACUAGAUCUGCAGUGGAAGAUAAAAAUUCAUAAGAGUAAUAAUUUUCAAUUCUGAAUUUUUUUAAGUGGUCGUCUCAAAGGGAAGAUGAAAAUUUUUCAAAUGUACACAAAAAUGUUAAAAAACCGCAGUUGUAAAUAUGAUAAAUCACGUGUACGGUCGUGUUUUAUCAACAUUUGUAUUUUCAUUCAGUCAUACAUCGCUAAAAAUAGCUUGCGUGCGCCCGAAAACAUUACAGCACAAUUGUAGUUUUUAUCACUUUGCACCUUUAGACUCCCUUAAAGUAAUUUCACAAUCCUGGCGACAAAUAGCCCCGGGUAUCAUAAGCUUGAGUGCAUUUAGAUAAUCAAACAUUAAUGCUAGUACCAAGCUUGAGGUCGUCCUGAAAGGGACUCACUGCAUGAGACCAAAUGGUAUCGUUAAGGAAUUAGUACUUCCUUCGGGCUAAGAUAAAAACUUUACAUUUCAAUCAUAUGAUUCUCUUUUGACAAAGAUAUUCACAAAAUGGAAAAUUCAGAUUUUAUUAUCUACACCAAAUUCACUUCUUCAGUCUUCCAUAGAAUUGAUAGUUUUUGCAUUUGAAAUCGAAAUUUACAAUUUUUUUCGAUAUUUACAGAAAACGUCAAAUUAUUAUGACUGGGACACCAUUACAAUUAUCUUAUUUUAUUGGAUCGUGGGAAACCAGACUUUAAAUUUCAAAGACAUUAUUAAUUAGAUUAAAGGAAGGUAUUCUCCUUCGAUGCAAUUCCCUCGAAGAGUUAAUUUCGUGUAGUUUUUUCCACUGACAUUUGUCUCACUUAAAGAGCGUUUUAAAAUAUACUUUCUAUUUCUACUCACGAAGUUACGUUAGACAACUAAAGUUAAACAUUUUAGGUACCAAACGAUACUGUUUCGCACCAUAAUGUCAUUAACCUUUAUUGGUUUAUGUGAAAACAGAUUCCGCACUUCCUUUUCCCCAUUUACCUUACUUCGUCUUCAAAAAUAAUUUCUUUUUCCACUUUUAGCGUGAAAAGAACUUUUCAUUUCAAAGGUCAUGUUUUCUACUGAAAAGAAAUUCAAUUAAUAGGAGGGCCUUUUCCUCCAUCACAUGUCUAUCUUGGCAUAUGCAUAAAAUAAAAUAUAGUUUUCAUUGUACUCCGGACAAACAAUUACUAUCAGAUCAGGAUGUUGACUAUUUUGGCUUGUUGUUGAACCUUCUGAUCGUUCUGGUAACUCUACGAAGAUACAGAUUGCAUGAAAGCUAUCUAUAGCAUGAGAUUAAAAUGUUUGAGGUUCCCAUUCAACAUUAAAUUGGCGCCUAAAGCCCCUUCAGCGCCACUUUUCCAAGUCGGUAAAUUAACUAUGCUUGUCACGUUCAUAGCGCUCAGUCCUUUGUUCGAUCGACAUUAAUUCAAUAAUCAAUCUUUCACACGAACUUGGAAAUCAUGCACUAAAAAAAAGGCCAUCAAGCUCAGCAAUGCAUCACAAACCUUUUCACUUCAUAAAGGAUACAUGUCGCAAAUAAAAGGUUAAAAAAGUCAUAUGUGAAAACAAGGUUUCAGCUCUUUCGUGUGAAGAAAAGAAAAUUUAAUUUUCCAUCAUUGCGUUUUACGCGUGAAUCCCACAAGCCACGUUCGAAAAAAGAAUAGAUUAAAUUACGUCACCAAAUGAGCGGAAAAUCCCUGCCCUCGUAACUCCAGUGUCUUUUAACAACAACCCUUAUUAAGGACAACUCUCUUCGAAAAUAUCGAGUCAUGCAAAUUUUUAAUUAAAUUUGCCAGAAAACUUAAGAAUACAUUCAAAGAUAAUUUUUAACAAAAUGUUCCAACUUAAAGCGGUUAAAUUAAACCGAAAACGAUGGAAAGCUCAACUUUUAUUCAACAAAAUACAUUUUGAACCAAUUGCUCAUACACUUCCAAAUUGGACAGAAGCGUUUCCUUUCUAAUUCUUCCCUCCUUCAGCUAUUCAAAGUAUAUAUUUAAUGACAAAAAAAACAAUUACUGAGGCUUAUUUUUUAUUCAACAAAAUACGUUUUGACCCAAUUGCUCAUACACUUCCAAAUUUGGUCAGAAGUGUUUCCUUUCUAAUUCUUUCCUCCUUCGGCUAUUCAAAGGAUAUAUUCAAUAACAAAAAACAACAAUUACUGAGGCUUAUUUUUUCAUUAAAUCUGACGUAGCUAUAGAAUUCAGAAUUAACGGUAUAGAAGCACGAAGAAUGAAACACACGUCAAAUUAACUCAAUGUAGCACGCAACAUUCAUUUGUGACCAUGUUUAUAAAACAUGAACUUUUUGGAAUCAAGUAUUCUGCGAUGUAAAUAAGGCUUAGGUUACAAAGCAGUUUAGACAGAGAGCCUGUUUUUUCAUCAGAUGAUUAAAAAUUUCCAUCUAACUGCCGAGUGACAGUAUAUCAGGGAAGCAACAACAUUGGUGAUGAAUGUUAACAACCUAAAAAAGGUAAAUACAGCAGUAAUGAUCUCUAAGGAAAAAGCACAGAGAAUUUAAUACUUGAACAUGGUGUAUUUUAUGUUUUAUCUGCUUAUUAAGGUAAGGCAUAUUACUGCACAACUGAUUUUCACCCAUGUGACACUGUUUUUGAGUUCUCGCAAGAGAAAUGGAUACUGCAAAUUUCUGCCUAAAAAAUUAAACCACUUUGAAAGCUUGUAGGCGUCUAUUAGUAAUCCGCUAGCGUUUAUACUCAGUUUUCACCACGAUUUAUUUCACUUUUUACCAUACAAAAUUUCCUGAAAUAUUAUACUUCACGUUUGUUACCCAUUCUCUUUAGGAAAAGCAUGCCUCUAAAAAUUGCUGGUUUUUUUCUACCAACAUACAUUGUGAGAAAUUAAUUCAAGGGAAACAUUAAAAAUUUAUUUUGUCAAAAUGAAGGCCAGUAUUGCGUGCAAUGUACGAUGGGGAAUAUACAUUGAAUCGGGCAUUAAGAAAAUGGAGUUUCAGAGGUCCGUUGAUCACAAGCAUUUGAAUCGAGUACAAUUUGUACACUAUCAAAACACAGCCAACAAUACCUGUCAUCAAAAUCCGAUCAGCAUAUGUCAUUUGUUGCAAUUAUUUCCAUGAUAAACUGAUUAAAAAUGGUCGGAAAUUAAUCAAAAGACUGUGCCACAAGAAAUUACCCAAACUCCAACAGCCGCUCAAGUCUCAUCCCUGAUAUCAUUACAACUAACAUAAAGCCUCAAAGAGAAAAAAAUUUUAAAAAAAAAAAAAAACGGUUUGAAUCGAGAAUAUCUACGCGUGGGAUUACAGAAUUUUGGAUGGAUAUAGUUCAAUCAUGAUGCAAUUUAAAAUCAAGAACUUAGUUUUCAUGCAAAGACAAAUGCUCCUACUUCAUAUGAUUAAACACUACCAAGAAUGGCUAUUGGUCGAAGUCCUUCAUCCAUGUACAUUCCAGUUAUCUUUCAUGAUGCUAGCUAACGAUCAGCAGAUCAUUAACAUCAGUUAAAAUUCAGUUCACGUUCAAAGGAUUUGUCCAAACUCAAUACUGAGGGUCAUCUAUUGUGAGUUUAUCGUAACCAUACUGAGGGUUAUCUUUUGUCCUAACAGUCAAUCAUGAACGCUGCUAAUUCUUUCUGAAAUGAGUGACCUUCAGGCCAUGUUGACACAAACAUCCAAUUUACAAUUAUUUGUAUAUGUGCAAGGUUUCAAAGGAAGGGAAUUAUCAUUAUUUGCAUUUUAACACAAAAAACCAGCGCACUUCACUGAAUAAAAAGAUACAAAUACGUAGCCAUAGUGUUUUAAUAUUACUUAUAGUGAUGAUAUUUUCUCGUAAGAAAAUCUCCUUAAAUGACCCUUCAGAAAACGGUUAUUUUAACAUGGUUCUUCAUAAGGAUAAUCAUUUUAGUGCAGUCAAUCCGCAUCUUUCUGAGUAAGCUUCUGUCUGGCUAUGAGGAAGAACCAAUCUUGAUCUAAAAAUGCUAAAUGUGCAAGAAACAAUUCAUCCGGACUUCGGGUGGCAGUUUUAAAAUAUUUCUAGAAAAAUUCAAAAAUAAAUCUACGAUGAUAAGAAAAAUUCACAUUCCCCUUGAAUCUUCCCAAAAGGGGUAGCGCUCUUGUCAAAAUGUUUUCCGAUGGAAAUGGGUUUUCAGGCCAUGAAAUUAAUUAUCAUUCAUAACGCUAAAAUUUGGGCGGAAAGGGCGCCAAAGAAAAGACAAUAGAGCUGAAACUGAACACCAAUUACAACUCCAGGACUAAAAAAACUGCUAUUUCGUCCAUUAAGCAAUUAUGGCUCAAAAGCUUGCACUUCAAGAAUCUCUACUCAAGUUCCACAAAUGAACGCUCAGAAAAUGACUGAUGCCAAUCCUUCUUUUGUGCUCGGCGCUCUGAUGUCUUCCAAGGAUAAUCGAUUCAUAAACAAUGAAUACUGCACAAAUUGUUUGUAGUAUUUAAGUUGUCAGCACCUGUCCUUUUCUCUUGUUCGCCUAAUAUUGGAUCGACGUAGUGCGAUCAUAAAAUUUGUUUAGCUUGGUCACCAGCAAAACAGUAUUUUUCGAUAUUUACCGCCUAGUAAAAUCGCCAUCAAGAGUGUAUCAGUCACUCGUGGAGUGAAAAAAAUGAUCUUCAAUCAAGGUAUGCGAAGUUGUUCUCUACAAUCAAAUCCAAGCUUUUUUUCUGUCAAUACUGGGUUAUGCGCUUUCCGGUUGGAGAAAACUUUACUAGAAAAGGUGUUUCCUUUUCAACUAUCCAAAGCGUCUUAAUGAAAUUCUCUUCUUUAAUUACGAGAGAAGCACGGUCAAAAGUUUUCUCACCUUUGUAUUGAAAAGGGAGUCGCUUGACAACUUAGUAGUGUUACAGAGCAAGAUCUCUCAUAAACUGAUUGUAUUAAGUAUAAAAAUAAAUGCAUGUCUUUCGUCUUUCUAAAAUCGGCAUAUGUCCUUUAAAUCCAGGUUUUCUGGCCAGGAAUAAUUUUAAAUAUUUCGACGAAAUUUUGCCUUUGCAGCAGCGCAAUUCGAAAUUAUAAAAAUUGUCCAGUCUUCGUAAGAAGAAGGAUAGCAAAAACCAUGAUAAUUCUUAAAUACAAAUUUUAUUGAACAAUUUUUCUCAGGAAGGAUGAGGUAGCCGGCAAGCAAUAUUCUUUAUUUGUAAAAGAAUAAAAACGCAUUACAGUUUAAUAAUAUUACGCCUCGAGAAAGGGAUUAAUGCAAAUGUUUUUUUUUUUUUUUUUAAGUGACAGUGUUUUAUUGCGGCUUGAAGCUAUGACAGAAAAGAUCGUGGCUUUAAAAAUGUGAGAAAAAACCCUUGUUAAGGCUCGAAUACUGUUAACAAAGUGAAAAAACGGUGGUUAUUGGUUCACUUGGUCGAAUGUAUAGAACAAACACAUUACCGCGGGAAACCUCACUCUCCGUGCACCACCUUCUAAUGAACCCCACAACGGCGAAAUUUUACACCACAAUGAACCAGCGAAUAAUUCAGCUUGAAAGGAAAGCAAAAUAUCCCUUUUAUAAUUACAAGGUAAGCUGAGUUAUUCAAAAUAUUCGAAUCUGAAUGAGAGGAUCUCAAUCAAUCCUCUUUACGGUUGUUAAAAAUGGAAACUGGCGGACAGUUCAUAUGCAAACUGAAAAUGAUUCUAAUCAAAUUUUAUACAAUUGUCGGAAUUAGCGAAGCGGCUGCAGGAUUUUCACUAAUCUGUCAUGUUUCUUGAACUGGUCCUCAUAAAAGUAAUUUUCGACCCUAUGUUUUUGUGCUUCUUUCGACAACAAAUGGGUGGUCUAAUAUAAUAAUGACGAGUACAUGAAGAGAAAAUGGAUCUUUAACGAACCAUCAAUGGAGCAACUGAUUGGAAUUAAUUUCGACUAGGACUACGGAAGUCCUAGGGCUUUCAUUUAAAGAGCCACUGUCAAAUUACGCCUCAUUUUCGUCGCGUUUUUCAUUAGCCAGGAUGUAUGGUAACAAACUAUACUCAGGACUGGCAAGUUUGACGAGGAGAAUCAGUAAAAUUGACGGAGAAAUCCCCAUUCACGGUGGGAAUUUCUUAGUUAAUCUUCUAUUGUAAAUUCCUUUCAGUCCUAAUCUAGGGCGUGUUCCAGAGUACAAUAUAGGUGUUUACUUCGUAUUAACGCUGCGUACGGUUGAUUCUCAAUUUCCCGAUCAAAGGUUGAUCAGGAAACUGAGAGUACUAAAAUGACAUCUCCCUCACAGUUCGGGCUAUUCGAAAUAAAAACACGACCAUGAAGAGGUCUUACCUUAAGGAAAAUCAAUCAAAAACCUGAUCCGUUUUUUUAUGAAAUGCAAGGAUAAGAAAUUUAGGUAAGAUUUAAGUUGUUUGCUUAACAGCGCCACAAAAAAAUACUUGAUAUGUACUUCUCUUCUCUGCACUAAAGUGUGCGUAUUUACGUUAACGAAAGUUCUACCCAAAAAAAGAGAAACACUCUUAGAACCGUUAAGAAUACACGAUAAUAUCCAUUUACUUAAUCACAACUUUUAAAUGCUGUCAUAACUGCUAGAGUUAGGAGACAUAAUUACAUCUUCGUUUAAAUGUCCAACAGAAACGUGUCCUCAUCUAGAUCCAAAAAGUUGCUUUCAAAACACUGCAUAUUACUUGGGUUAGUAGAGCCCAUUUUUCCUCUUAAAGACGAAAACUGUAAUCUGAAUGUUUGAAUACAAACCUAGCUUGUUUGUAAAAAACAGCUCAAGAUGGAAACAGGUGGAAAAAGUGUCAGAGGUACAUCGAUUUGCGAUAAGGAGUGAUUGCUUCACCAUUUAUUUACGCAUUAUUGCUGUUUCCGAUAACAUUUAUCAAAAUGAGUUAAAGCCUAGUCGAUUAAACCUUAAACUGUUGGGUUGCUCAAUCAAGUCAAUGCAUUUAAAAAAAUAUAUUUUAGUAGACUAGAUAAAACUAAUUCUAUACCAUAACGAUGUAUUUGGAGUAAACACGGGCUUUGAUCAGUAACAGGUUUCACCAUGGCAACACAUUUUAAAAGUUCAAGAGUAGAGUGCUUAUAACAAUUAUCAUGCGACCAGUUUUGUUAUGUUUUCCUUCUAAUAUAAAGACAAGGCAGAUAAUUACUGUUAAGGCUACAACGGCCGGCCCAAGUCCCUCCGUGCAUGAAGUAGAAUUUAUAAAGUACGGGAAACUGUCUGAGAGGAAAGAAAACUUCGCUAACCGCAAUUGAAUAUGCUGUUCACAUUGAAAAGGAAUCUUACUGUCUUUAAUAUAAUUUUAUUUAUAUAUUAUUCCUUUCAAGUAGAAUUCAAACUCACUAGUGAAGUGAAUAUAACUUAAAAAGCUGGGUUCUCUGAAAUGUAUGCUUAAAUUAAAGCAUAUGUUUACUUUACAUUGAGAGAAUGGAAAUCAUUAGCAAUGAUAUCGAAAAUUUUUCUUAAUGUAAGCAAACCAGGGAAGUUAGGAUUUAUUAUUAAAAAAAAAAAAGUAUUCUUUUCAAUAAUUCAGACGCCAAUGAAAAUGAUGGAGCCAGUAAACGGGGCGUUAAAAAUAGGAAAACUUUAUCGGCCAGAACCUUGGCGCCUUCAUUUAAUUCACAGGAGGCCUGUUGUCGCAUCUCACUCUGAAAAACAGUGUCGCGAAAGGAAUAGUGCAGCAAGAAUUGUCUGUCAUAUGAGAAAAAUUGAGCGGAAAGACGGAUCAUGGAUGAUAGGAUUUCUCUUUUGCUAGGUACUUUCUUCUUCCUCUCCCAUCUUAUUUCUUCGAUCCUACUUCACAGUUUGUUGCACAGAAGCACGGUGAGAGGUAACUUUAUUUUCCAUCGUAAUAAAAAUAACUUAAUUUAUUUUUUUCUCAGAGGUGAGAGGAGUGCUUUAAGCGGUCCGUAUUUUCCUGUCUCUGCCCACGGGCAACGGUAGCGCAUUCGUGAGUCGCCGAGUACAUCGUUGCCAUUUUUCAUAAAUAUGUCUCGUUUCUCCGGCUGGGCAGUAUUUUUAAGCAAAGACGUCGGUCACUACCUCAAGCCGAUAAAUAACUUAUCAAUCCUCUCUUUUCUCUCUCUCAAAUCACUUUGGUUGACAGAAAAAUAUAGGUUUCAGCUUCAAAAUAAAAAAUUUGAAUUUACUUACAGUUACUCUCCUCGCCGUUUACUCAAUGAACAAAGGUAAAUCUUCGUACAUGAAGUAAUCAUCGAUGAGAGUGAAUAAUACUUUCCGUUCGAUCACUGACUUUUUUAAGAAAACAUUGUCGUGACAGUCCUUGCCAAACUAGUUUCGCUGUUUUUCAAACAUGAACGUGCGUUUUUUCCUCUCUUACGCCCUCUCAAAUUGGCAGGUGACGGAUUGUGACAGAUACUUGUAAAAAUAAUGUUUCAAAGUUUAUUUGGAAGUCUUUUAAAUCACCUUUAUCAUUACACAAGUGAAAAUGUUGCGGUGAAGCAUCUCUCUUUAAUUGCAUCACCCCUAUUUUAACUACCAUUUACUCGCUCAAAAAUUGUUCAGUUUAUGGUAGAUCUCGACGUAUUUACAGCCCUAAGUCAUUCGGGUUCUUUCGGAAAGAAUUUCGUUAAGUUUAAAAAAAUAAAUAAUUAUGUUAUUUAUAUGCUGUUUUCACAGUUCCCUUGAAAGGUCUAAAGUAUAUUUUUCUUUUAGAUUCGAAGAAGUUUUGCACGGAACCGGGAAAAACUGAAAAUUUAUGCAUAUUGAUUAUUUAGCGGUUUAAAUAAAGAAAAUAUGACAAUUAGCUCACGGAGAUAGCUGUACCUUCAGGCUAAAUGAGUGUAUUAAAAAUUUAAAAAUAAUAUUUAUUUGGCACCAGCAAAUAAAAUGUAUAACUGCGAGGGUUACAUGAAAAAAAUUUUUUUAACCAAUCCUUAUUGGAUGUAUCCUCCAAAACUUGCGAGAUGAAAAUUAGUAUCCAGCUUCAAGUUCAAAUUAGAUGUUAAUGUUUAGUCCGCUUGACAUAAUUUUGUGAACAAUUAAAAGUCUGGUUGCGUUUCAACUGCUCAUGUAGUUUUAAUUGUCAACCGUUGCUCCAUUUUCGGUAAAACAAAAACUAGGUUUUUAAAUUUUCCAGUGAGGCUCUCAAGGUGAAAAAAAUUCCUCUCAGCAUUUACCACAACACAAGAACGUUGACCAAACAAAUGGCUAUGCUUCACCGAUAAUUUACGGCUGUGCCAUCUGCAUCUUUCCAUCACUAAGCUUCGCGGAACAGGUGAAAUAAUGUUCAAAUGACAUCGCUUUCAGUUGGGUAUUUCUUAAUUUCGAAGACGUUGCCAAGAUAAGGAAACAAACAGCGGUUGCACCAAAGUAAAAAUUGAAAAUUAAGCACUACUCAAAAUUUGCAUCAGCACAAAAGAAAGACCUAUCUUUUUCUUGCAUGGGCGAUAUGAUAUUUCCUUGGCUGAUAUAAUGUUUCUGAAGAAAGGGAAAUGUGCCCCAAGGCUUAUUAAUACAGAGAUCUGCAUGGUUCUUAUAUCAAGCAAUGUGGGCUUUUAGACGGUGACACUUUUCGAAGAGAGGUUUUUAGAAACAGUAACUCUCAAAACGACAGAUAAACCUAUAUAUCUUCAGUUUAUUGUAAAACGGACUCGAGAAAAACCUUCGACAUGAAACGGGUUUCGGUUAAAGGUGGUCAAUCGCCGGUCGACCGUAUGUUCAACUUGUGUGCAGGCUCUCGUGUUUGGGUUUCGCCUCGUGGCACUGAUGGCUAUUGCUUCAUUAGCAACCGCUUAUGAAAACUGAAAACAUUGUCCAAACCAUUGAUGAAGGGCCUCUGUAGUUCUUUUUCUGCGUCACACUGUCAUAAGCUCUAUCAGUUUUUUUAUACUUUUCUUUCUUGACGAAAAGCGUCAGUGUGGUUGUUACCACCCUCAGGAUUUGAACUCAGUCCAGUUCAACUUACUGGUUAUGCUCGCUGACAAUCAAAUUUGUCACUUUAAAUCCUUAUUAUAUUAAAGUCCAACUUAGGGGUUGAUCGAUGACUUUUUUCCCAUCAGCGGUAGCGAAGGUGUAGAAGGCGGCUGUGCCAUAAGGCGAAACCCAAACACGAGAAUUUGCCCGCAGGCAAAACAGACAGCGGUAAAUCCUUAGCAACCGACUAUCAUUGAAACCCUUCCAGGAUUUGAACCCAGUCCAAUUCAAAUUACUAGUUAUGCUCGCUGACAAUCACAUUUCUGUCACAUUGAGUUCCCUUAUUAUAUAAUUUUCUUUGAAAAAAAAACCCUCCGAUUUAGGGGUUUUUCAAUACCUUUUCCAUAGGCGGCGGCCGAUCGUGUAAUAGACUUCUGUGCCAUAAUGAGAAAACGAAACACGAGAAUUUGCUCGCAGGCUACAGACGGCGGUAAGAUGUUGUACAGGCGGCGGUAGAGCACCGGUCAUCGACAAUCAUCGAAACCGCUGCAAUUUUACUGAAGCUGUAAACAGCAGGUAAUGUUUACAAAAUUCUUAAAGCGGAUUACACAUGCGUCUCUGAGAAUCGAGACCUAACUGUCUGGAUUAUGAAAGAAGGAAAAUUUUGGUUAGAUACACGAAAAGUUUCAUUUCUCGAGUACCGCAGGCAGGUAUACAAGUGGCAUGUUCCUUGACAAGUUUCCUGGUUUCCACAAAUAUAAGACCAUGUCUACCAACAAACUAAUUCGUACGCUGUAAGAAGGGCUCGGUUCGAACUGGGAUUGUGCUGAAUAUUGGUAAGUGCAUUCGGCGAAUUCACGAAUAGAUCAGAAACUUAGUCGAAUGAGUAACAAAAACAGCCUCUUUGAUGUGAUGUCAACACUACGACUAAAAAUUUAUUAAAGUUGAUGCUCUGUGGUGUUAUUAAUAUAUAUUCUUUCGACAAGAAAAGAAAACCUAAACAACUUGAUGUUGGCAACUCGUUAGAAUCCAUGAAACUAAAAAAAUAGCAGCCUCGGAAAAGAACAGAAAACUUUGCAGUGAUUCCGUGAAUUUUUAAUAAUUUAAAUUGUCACAUGGUACACGUUUUUCAACCUUUGUAACAACUGCUUUAACUUUGUGCAGCAAAUUUCAAACGCAAAAUCCGCUUGAAACGGAAGUUUUACACGUUAAAAGUUGAUUAGCGGGAGCCAUUUCGAUAUGUUCAUAACGUGUCAGAGAUUAAAAAAUUGCCGUUAUACUAUCAAUGCGAUAAGACUCAAUUUUUUUUUUCUUUUAAAAAAAAACAUAAAAGUUUCCAUUUACGAAGUAUUGGUAAAUAUGAAAAAAAAAAAAAAAAAAAAGAUUUUCGCUUUUAAGGCUUAAAGGUGGUUUACUUACCCUGCUUGAACGCCUCUAGCGUGACCACAUACUUUGGAAUCGGGCAGUAAGAGAAAGUACGCAAGCUUAUAUUUCAGUCCUUAGACAAAAACACCUGAGGAAAGUCUACAUCGGCACCAAAGGCUGAGUGUAGCUCAUUUUAAUUUAAAGGAGUUUGUUUUUACGCGCUUCAAACCACAUGCCAUUAACACUAUUAGAAGAAACAGGCUGUCUGUGUAAAAUAAGAAUAAGCUUUACUCUAACAAAGAUAAUGUUUAGAUAGGUUUCGCUUGCGGCGAGAGGUGAACCACAUUUAUUAUAAUAGAGGGAGUAAGUUUCUGAAGAAACUAUAGUGCUGCGUCGGUGGGAGAGUAUAACAGGGUAAUUCAGUAUUAUUAACUGAGUUGGUAAUGUAAAUUGGCCACCGUAAAGAGUUAAAGAUCUGACGUUUCGAGCGUUAGCCCUUCGUCAGAGUGAAAUUCGUCGCUGAUAACACUAAAUUGUCACACAAGCUCUCCAUUCUUCAUCCUUCAUCCCAAGCACCAAAAUCCACUAAAAUACAGCGCUCGAUAAUGCAAAUGUAAAAAGCGCCUUGGAGCAAUUUCAUCUUUUAUUAUAUUUUUUUGGUCAUUAUUUCAUUUUAACUUUUUUUUUUGGUCAUUUUUGCUUUAUGCAUAUUAUUCCAGAAAAUUCUUAUUCUUACCAUAGAAAUGUAAAUGAAUUGCAGCAGUUCCUUAAAUAGGAAGCGAGGAUACUGUUUUUCUCAUUGAAUAGUUCAACACUACCCUCAAAGAAUAUAUUUGUGCACAAUGACCAAAAUUCCAGCGGCUUCUUUAAUCUUUUCACGGCAAAAAUAUGGAAAAAUGAAUAGCCUUAGAACCUUUCCAAGUUGGUCAAAACAUUCACUAACAAUAUUAUAUACAAAAACUUAUGUAGAUAUACUUCAUUGAAUAGACACAUUCUGGCUUCGACGAAUAUAAUUAUUUGCAGCAAUAAAACCGUCAAAAAGAAAGAAUUUUCGUUUGUGCUAAUUGAUAAAACUCACAAUAACUUAAGCUCCUAAAGGCACUUAAAUAACUUUAAUUCGUAGCGGCAGCAACAGGACUCACAUCGCACGAAAGCACAGAUUCUGCAAGAUUUGUUGUAAAAGAAUUCUUCGAAUACAAUUUUCGUCAGGAUAACAAUUGGACAAGACUAAAAUUGCUAAAAUACAACACAAUCUCCCGGUAUAUCUUAGUCUAAGUAAAUUUAAUGAACUCCAGUCUAUCAAAAGCGGUAGAUGUUGAACUCAUUUAAUGCAAAGUGUUAUUAGUCGGCGGUCGAUGUACAUUGUUCACUAGAUCCUUUCAAAUCUCCAUCUGUAUUAAUACAGGAAGUUGCCAAAUGAAGCUCGACUAAUUCAAGGGAAAUGCAAUGAGAUGGUUUUUUAUUCACCUUUUGGAAAUGACCAUCUCCUGUGGUAAACAUUUGCCUUCUUUCUUUUGAGAUAAACAGCGAAAUUAAGGACCUGGCUGACUUAGGGUUUCCAAGACGAUUUAAUUUAUUCGCCAGAAAUUGGAUAAUGUAUGGUGCCUUUUACCUAGUGGAUCGACCUGUUCAGUGCUUUAGAAAGGAAAUUAGCUCAUUUCUCUUUAGCUUUUAUCUGAUGCGAAAUUGAGUGCCGUCAAAAUAUAUUUAACAUGAAGCUUAAUGGUCCGAUGUCAUUUCAAAUUAUUAAUCCAGAUUUUCUCAUUUACACAGGUACCUUCCCACUGCAUUGAGGAUAUCAAAUCGACAAGCUUUUAAAAAAGUGGAAAUUUAGCCCCCCCAAAAAAAACUGUGAAAGAAAGCUCCUUGUUACGCCAAGUAACCGUGGUUGACAACGAAAAAGUCGUCCAAAUCUUCUUUGACGUUUUAUAAUAUCUUUUUGUUUCUUACUUUCCCAUCAAACUGCCUGUCAACAGGAGAACACUUUUCAGCCCAAUACUGCCAUCAAAAUAGAUAAUACAUCAUUUCCUGUCAACCGUGGGGGAUAAAGAGAGAUUUUCGAUUACAAAACCCGCAAGUACAGACUUCAAGCACUUAACGGUUUACAAGUGCCCGUGGAACCGCCAACAGCUGCAGUCCGAGCCAUGAAUCACACAAACACGACCAACCCAGGCGCAAAACUAAACGAUUCAGUAACUAGCGGCAUCUACGAUCCUCUAAAUAUUCUUUCAUUCAGCUGCUUGCUUCUGAUUAUGACAAUGACCUUGUUUGGAAAUGCACUUGUUAUUCUCGCCUUCAAGAGGAACAUGAAGAUUCGCACAGUAACAAACUACUUCGUCGUAUCUUUAGCCGUAGCAGAUAUCUUGGUGGCCUUGGUAUCCAUGCCGAUAUGGGCUGCUUAUCUGAUGUCCGGGGUAUCACUCAAAGAGGUAUUCCUAAAAGUAUGGACAUUUAUGGAUAUUCUCUGCGGAGUGGCUUCCAUUAUAAACUUGACCGCAAUUAGCAUCGAAAGGUACUUCUGUAUCACUUAUCCUCUCAACUACCACACCACGAUGACGUCAACGAAGGCUAUAACUACCAUCAUCAUCAUCUGGAUAUUUUCUAUCAUUAUGUCCUCGCUUAAGAUUAUCCUGUGGGAAUGGCCUCCACCAAAAUACGAACUAAUGAUAGUUAUCAGUUGCUUUUUUGUGCCGCUUCUAAUCAUGUGUAUUUCUUACAGAUUUAUUUUCAAAACUGCGCGCUUUCAAGCGCGCCAAAUAGCGCUCAUGAUAAAAGGUAACGUCAAAAACUUUCUCCUGGCGUCGGAGAUGCGCGCCGCAAAAACGUUAGCCGUCGUAAUGGGCGCUUUUGUGAUCAGUUGGGGACCCUUCUUCAUUAUAAACAUAGUGUAUGGUUUUUGUGAUGGAUGUGUAACAGAGCAAUCCGUGGUUGUGGCCAAAUGGAUGCACUACUCAAACUCGGUGUUCAACCCCAUUGUGUACGCAUGUAUGAACAAGGAAUUCAGAAAGGCAUUCUGCAUCAUACUGUUUGGACGAAAACGAUGUUGCAGACCAAGAGGCAGAAAUGAAACCACGGAUCAAACAGAACUUACCCUAGGAGCUAACAUUUAA